AACUGAACCCAAUCUUAAAAGCGCGAGCAUCUGCAGACAGAUGAUCGGUUUAUUUGAGGGAGGACGGAUCAGUCUCAUAUUGAGACUCAGUCUUUUCAUGUAAUGAUAGGGGCUCGAUGGUGAAUCAGAAGUUUAUCAGCUCUUAUUUUGCUAUAGAAGCUUCUCUCAUGUUAGCCGAUGGGAAAAGGAUGAAAAGGUGAAAGUUGGAUUUUUUAAAUCUAACAUGCGCUAAUCCGGACUAAUGAUUUAAACAGACAGAGUGAUGUGAGGGAAACAGAAGUUUGUAAAUCAAACCUCAGGAAGAGAUUUCAGCUGAGAGGAUGCAUAUUGUCUGGAUUUUUCUCCUGUGCAUCGAGGAGGGAUUAUCCAUGGCACAAAAGACCAGAGAUGGGGCAUCUAAAGUAGUUAAACCCUCUCAGCGGCCACAAAACUCACGUAACUGUGGAAACUGGGUGCGUGACACAGAGGGAGGCUCCUUCAGCUCCCCAAACUACCCCAACACGUACCCUCCAAACAAGGAGUGCCUGUACGUACUGGAAGCCCUGCCCCGUCAGAGAAUCGAGCUGCUUUUCCACGGGUCUUUCUACAUCGAGGCGUCAUUUGAGUGUCGUUUUGACCACAUUGAGGUGCGGGACGGGCCCUUCAGCUUCUCCCCACUCAUCAAUCGCUUCUGUGGCUCAGCCAGUCCUGGACUUGUCCUCUCCAGUGGACGCUUCAUGUGGAUUCGUUUCUUCAGUGAUGAGGAGCUGGAGGGGGUUGGCUUUCAGGUCCAGUACAGCUUUACUCCAGACCCUGAAUUUCAUUUGCAUGUGGGAGGACUCCUAAACCCAAUCCCAGACUGUCAGUUUGAGCUGUCUGGGGCUGACGGCGUGAUCCGUUCCAGUCAGGUGGAGGAGGAAUACAAAGUGAAGCCAGAGCAGGCAGUGGACUGCAUCUGGACCAUACGAGCCCCCCAAAACCACAAGAUCUACCUUCGCUUCCUGGAAUACCAGCUGGAAAACUCAAACGAAUGUAAGAAGAACUUUGUGGCUGUUUACGAUGGCAGUAAUGCCAUUGAGGACCUGAAGGCCAAGUUCUGUAGUACAGUAGCUAAUGACAUCAUGCUGGACACUGGUUUGGGAGUGGUGAGGAUGUGGGCUGAUGAGUCGAGCCGUCUCAGCCGGUUCCGGAUGCUGUUUACUUCUUUUGCAGACCCACCGUGUCAGGGUAGCUCAUUCUUCUGCCACAGUAACAUGUGCAUCAACACUUCUCUGGUGUGCAACGGCAUCCAGAACUGUGUCUUUCCCUGGGAUGAAAGCAACUGCAAAGAGAAAAAGAGCAAAGGUGUAUUUCACCAGAUCACAAAAACUCACGGGACAGUAAUCUGUGUGUCUACGGGAGUGGUGCUGCUGCUCCUCAUCAUCUCCAUACUGGUUCAAGUCAAACAGCCACGAAAAAAGGUGCUGAUACGAAAGAAUAACCUGUUCCCCCGGGGCGACUUGCAGGAGACAUUCGACCCUCCACAUUAUGAACUCUUUACUCUCAGGGACAAGGAGAUGUCUGGUGACCUUGGAGAGCUAUCAGAGGAACUCCAGUCCCUGCAGGCGCUCAGGAGAUCCUCAUCAGGCUCACGAUGCAUUCACGAGCACCACUGUGGCUCUCAGGCUUCAGUCAACUCAGUCAAAGCCAGUCAGGCUCCACAUGGUGUGGGGAGGGGAUCCUUGGAGUUUCCCCCUUUCAGAGGGGAUUUCCAGAGCUCCUUACCGCCAUUAAGGGACUUGCACAGCAGCCUGCGAAAGAAAAGCUGGCCUAGUAUGAAACCAGGUAGAACGCAGGGCCACCAUGGUGUGGGGGAGAGAGCACUGGGGCGGCAGGACAGAGUGAUGGAAGAGGAUGAAGAGGAUGAGGAAGAUGGAAGGUAUGCUGUGUAUGUCCGCAGAUCAGGAGGACGAAGAGGGAACUAUGAAAUGGCCCAGCAGAGAUCCUUGUCCAUGGACUUCUGAAUCGAAAAUACAAGGUGGAUAUACUGCAGCAAGGACUUUUAAAGGAUUGCCACACUUUGGGGCGUAAACCAAAACCUAAACAGAACUUUUAAACUACUUUAUGGUGACAAUAAUUAUAAAAAUGUGAUCUUGUCUUGUUCACUUGCUCUCUUUGUGGAGAGUUUGGAUACACUGGGUAUGUUAUCCAGGAGUUUUUAAAUAUUCACAAAACAAAACACUGCUCAGAAACUGAAACAACCUUGGGCAUGAGUUAAAGUGUUUGUGAUCUGUGUCAAAGUUAAGACAGAUGAUACUGCUGCGUAUUGUUCUUGUUUUCCAUGUGUUUUGUUAAAUAUAUUUAAUUGUAAAGCAAAGAGAUUCUGAUCUUGUCUUCAAACGGUUUAUAAAAGAUAUAAGAGAAAGAGUAAUGACAAUUGAGCAAACAAUGAGAAAAUCACAUCUCAGUUUUGUUAAAUCUGUUAUUACCUGUGUCAAAGAUUAAACAUAUCUCCGCUAUUGGUUUAGGA